AUGGAGGUCAACAUACGAUCUGGAAUAGAAAAUCAUGCGAAGAAAAUGUAUGUCGCCUAUGAAUUGGCCAUCAUUUGUCUGUUCGAUUGGCUUUUGAAAUUGUUUCGUAUAAUAUUUCAAUUGAAUUUUCUCAGUCUUUUUCAAUAUCUUUCGCAUAUUUUUCAACUAUGGACACAAAAUACUCUUAUUCUAACAUUGAUCCUGAUAAUUUGUGCAUUUGGUAUACCAGAAUUCAUCGUAUCCGUUCGAAAAGGUGCUGCUGUUCUUCAAAAACUGAUCAAAUCGAUCAUGCGAACGCCUGUCAUCGUUGAUGUGCCAAUUUUUGUCUACAUAUUAGUCAUUUCAUUAAAACUCUACCUCUUUAUUUCAAAAUUCUUCAACGAGGUCGAAAAUGACAAUGCUGAACAAUCCUGUCACUCAAGUGGCCAUUGGCAAACAUUUCGGCAGACUUUCACACUCUAUCGUUAUUCGACUUUGAUAACUCUUACGCUCUUUCUACUUGGAAUCUACACUGUUGUUACUAAUCGAUUAGUACAUCGAAUCUCCAAACGAUUUUUCAAAAUAUUCUCCAAACAGCUGACUAUGAUUCGAACAUUUAUCACGACUACAAUCCCUACACCAUUGUCUCUAUUAAUUUUGAUCAGUUUAAAUGCCAUCAUUCACAUAUUUCCAAAUGUAUCCAUUGCAAUUGGCCAUUUACUUAUCCGACGUUCGAGUAUAUGGCUGAUAAUUAGUGUCAUAUGUUUCUAUCAAUUUUAUCAGUGGUUUUGGCCGAAAUCCAAGUUCGACUUAGACUUUACCGGUGACAUUUCGCUCAGUGACGUUUCACGUUUGAACGAAACGCGAAUCUACUCUCUAUUCUAUCCUCGUACGUUGAACGAUAUCGAAUAUUUAAUUUUCAAGGCCAAAUCUCAAGGCAGAACGAUCUCACUUCGUGGACAAGCACACACCAUGGGCGGACAAACAUUACCAUCUCGUAAACGAAACACAAGAAAUUAUGUUUGUGAUCUAAAAUAUCUAAAUCGUGUCGAAUAUAACGAAACAACGAAGGAGGCUCUUGUGGAAGCUGGUGCAACGUGGACGCAUGUUAUCAAAAAGUUAAAUGCCUACGGUCGAUCGCCUGUCAUUAUGCAAAGCUAUUGCACAUUCAGUGUCGCCGGAACUAUCUCAGUAAACGCUCAUGGUAUUACUUCUGAUCAUGCGAUGUACGAAUCAGUAAUAAGUAUUGAAUAUAUUGAUAUGAAUGGAAAGAGAAAUGAAUGUAGUCGUGAAAAAGAUUCGGAAUUAUUUUCAUUGAUGAUUGGUGGUUAUGGACUUUUCGGAAUUAUGACACGAUUGAGAUUGAAAACGGUUGCGAAUGUGAAAACUUCAUUGGAAUACAUACGAUUAGAGUCCGAUCAAUUCUCAACUUAUUACGAAGAAUUUCUCAAUGAUCCAACGAUUGAGAUCAAAAUUGCUCGUGUCGAUCUCGUUCGCCCGAAUAAUAUUCUUAUGUUUGUCUUUCGUCAAGAAUCUGGCACAUUCGGUACCGUUGCUGAUCUGACUGAUGAAGCACGUGUGAUGCAUCCACGUCAACAUUUGAUCUAUACUUAUCUUGCUCAACAUCGACCAUUCCGACGCAUCCGUUUCGCAUUAGAAAAAGCCGUCGCUCGACCAUUAGACUUAACUUACUCAACCGAUCGGAAUCUCACCAUGUACGAAUCCGCUAAACCAAUGGCUCUAUUGUAUCAACCAUUAACAUAUUACGACGAUACAUUUAUUCUUCAGGAAUACUUCAUUCCUAAAGGAAAUUUCCGACAAUGGUAUGAUCCAUUAAAAGUAAUCCUUCAAAAGAAGUACAAUCAUGUAUUUCUAUUGAAUUUAACGAUUCGAUUUGUUAAAAAGGACAAUGUGACAUUUCUAGCAUAUACAAAGCAAGACGAUUGUUUCGCAUUUGUAUUCUAUUAUCGAAUUAAACGCAACGAAUUAGGUGAUGACGAAGUACGAAGUAUUCAUCAACAAUUAAUACAGUUAGCAUUUAAAUGCGGAGGCACGUUUUAUCUUCCCUAUCGACAACAUUAUUCCUAUGAACAAAUUCUUCAUGCUUAUCCAAUGUUUUCAGAAUUUUUAAAUAUGAAACUAGUCUAUGAUCCGAAUGAACUAUUUUCUAAUGAUUGGUACGAACAUUUUCGACCGGAAGCAAAUCGUGUUACCGAUAGCAGUGAUAUAAAGCAGGUGGAAUUGAUCACUGAUGAAUUCGUAAUCGUUGAACAGCGCCGACACGAUUCGUUUUCUCAAGUUAUUACUGAUGAAGUUCUGCGUGAGAAAUUUCGUAAGUUUCUUCAAACAGUUUUCAAUGCUGAACCUGCUCACGUCGUUUUCAAUUAUGUCAAUCGUGCCGUUCGAAAUCCAUUGAAUAAAAACGAUCAUGAUGUCUACCGUGAAUUACAGAAUGUUUUAAAAACAAGACAAUUCGCUUUCCUUCGACAAAUAUUCGCAACAUUGAAACAAAUUCGACAACUUCGGUUACAAAUUAAAGAUAUGCUACGACAACAAAUUACAAUUUUCAAACAUUUAGGAUGUUGUGGCAAGAUAAAAGAUAUCGUCAGUAUUGGUGAUGGUGGACGAUGCAUCAACGAAUUACGUGAGAUCUUAAAAAUCAAAGACGGACGUGUCUACAUUAUCAAUGAACGUGAACGUUUAACCGAUAUCAUCGAGCGAAAUAGUCUCUUACCUGUUGGCACAUUCAUUCCAUAUAAUUUCUCAAACUUAACUGACGUACCUAUCCCAAGUGAAUCGGUUGAUCUUGUUGUUUGUUAUAUGGGUUUGCAUCAUUUACCACAAGAUCAAUUGAAGGUCUAUCUUCAAAUGGUUUAUCGAAUUCUUCGUCCGAAUGGCUUAUUUCUCUUUCGCGAACAUCAUGCUUACGAAGAACUGAAACCAUUACUAGAUGUUGCACAUAUGGUCUUCAAUGCUGUUACCCGUGUUGAUUACGAAUCUGAAAUCAAUGAAAUUCGAGCAUUUCGUACAAUUGAACAAUGGCGUUCAUGUCUAAGACAAGCAGGUUUCGAGGACACAUUUAUUUACGAUGAACAAGAAGACGAUCCGACUGAUGAUAUUAUGAUUGUUGCACGUAAACCGAAUCGAGAAGAAGAUUUGAAUACGAACGAGUCAAUUCAGAAUGGAAACUAUCGUCGAAUUGUAGCUGCACCAGAAUCGAAUUACUAUCGAUCAUGCGAAUGGUUAGUUGUUCGUAUGGCAAUACAAUUUGGACAAUUUAUGAACCAUACACCCUUCUUCUUCUUUCCAUUCCUCAAAUUUCUGUCCAUCUACUGGUCACUGUUUCGUACGGAAACACAACUCGCUAUUAACAGAUACGGUUUUCAACGAGCUGUUCUUUCUUCUCCAGGAUUUCUGAUGAACACUGUAGUUGGAGUCUUAUUAUCAGGUGCGUUUGUUCAACUGGCAUUCUUCUCCUUCCUUAUUCGACAUAUCGGCGGAAUGAGAAUAAAACCUGAAUACGAGCAAUUAAUUCUGGAAAAUGUCGACGACAAUUUCGACUUUACACAAGCAGUCGAUCCAGACAUCGAUGAUGUACAAAAAUUGCCUCUAGAUGGUCUCUAUGCCGUAAGAGUACCUCGUCAUGGUAAAUUCACUUCGAUACUGAAAAAAAUAGCCGCAUUCCAUACUAAAAUCAAUCUUCUAUCCAUAUCGAAUGUAACUGAUCCGAUACAUAUUGAAUUAAGUAUCAAGAACAAUGAUGCUGAACGUCUUUUAAGGUUAAAACAACGAUCAAACCUGGAUAUUGUCUAUGAAUAUGCAAAUCCAACAGACAAAACGCAAACCAUUGUUUAUGUCCGCGCCGAUUUGAAGUAUCUAAUGGAAUUUCUUCGUGAAUGUGCACCAUACGAAAAGGACAAUUCAUUAACAAUAAUUCAAAUUUUUGACUUUUAUGAAUGA